UGUAUCGUUGCAUUGCUGCUUGCAGUUUUAAAAUGUUGGAUUAUUUUAAAAACCAUGGCUGAUGGUGUAGUAGAGGAUUCUAUCGAGGAGGUUAUGCAGCAGAAGGCGCCAGGGGUGCCUAGUAGUCUCAAACUCCAUCAACCGCAAAGUUCCGGGGCUCAAGUCCGCACGAAGGGCUUCUCGGCCAAUUUCUUCAAAGCCACCUUCAGCUCGAGAAGUAAGGCGGUCCCUGCCGCCAGCUCUACCCACUUCGUCUCCGAAACCACCAAAAUAGGCAGCGCGGAGACCAAACCUAUUACGAGAAAUCGGCCUAGGACUGCACCGCAAGCCGAUACUUCUACAAAGGUCAAACUAAAAAGGGCUGAUCCGAAUAAACCGCCAGUUAAACGUCCCGAUAAAUUAACGCUUGACUUCAAACGUCCUGAGAGACCAAAACAAGCGCUCACCCCUACCCCCGAUCCAGGGGGGCCAAAGACCCCCAAGGGAGACCCCAAAAAUGACCUAAAAAGCCCAAGAGUUGUCCUACAAAUAGUGAAAAAGUCACACGCACCGCCGACACCGAGCAGCAUCCUGCCGCCAUCUUUGAAACCUAAAAUCGUCGACCAAAAACUUAAACUUACGAAGAAUAUAAACAACAAUGACGUCUGGACGAAUUACGAAACUAAAUCCUUGGAGCGGAAGAAACCAGCUUCGAUAUUGAAAGGACCUUCGAGCCAGGGGAAGCAGGAGGCGACACUAAAAGGCGCCCCAUCCGUGUCCAGUCUCGACUCCAAGCACCACAAAGUAGCCCCAGCAAGAGAUAAGUCCUUGAAGAUAUUCGGGUCAAAAGAGAAGCUGCAUAAAGCGCAUAAGAAGAAAGACUUGGGGAACAAUAAUGCGUUGGUGGAAGACCCUGAAUUGAGGGAGGCUUUGGACACGUACGACGAUGGGGCGGUCAGGCUCCACGAUUAUAGUAGCGCUGAGGAGCUGGGAGGCUCGGUAGGCGAGAGGGGCUCGCAGGAGUGCGUCAGUCUGCCGGUCACCCUCAACGCUGAACACAUGUCCGGCUUCCAGGAAGUGGAGCUCAGGCCUCGAGUACCAUCUGAGGCAUCCCUGGCGUCAGGCGUCCGUGAGAUCGAGUCCCUGAAGCGAGAGCUGGAAGUGAGCGCCAUGGAGCGAGCGCAGCUUCAGGCUAGAGUGGAUGAGCUGCUCGAGCGAGCGGCGGAAGCGGAGCGACUGCGAGCUGAGCUGGAACGGAUGAAGACAUCAGAAGCGGAGCGUUCAGCGGCGAUGGAGCGUCUCGCUGACGAGAACGGUGCGUUGCGGGCGCGUCUCCGCGGCGUCGCGCACUCGCCGCUGUCGGACAGCGAGAAGCGGCAGCUGCUGCUGGCGCCCGCGCCGCGCCGCAUGCACUCCUCCGCGCCAGCCUCCAUCGCGCUCGCGCACAACGGCGAGGGCGACAGCGGCGAUGCGAGCACGCCGGAGUGGGACAAGCACUCGUCGUCGUCGCUCAGCGAGGUGUCCGUGGCCUGCCUGCAGGACCGCAUCCUGCAGAUGGAGGAGCACCACUACAGCACAAGCGAAGAGCUGCAAGCUACUUUAGCGGAGCUGGCGGAUCUCCAGUCUCAGUUGGCGGACGCGCACGCGGACAUGGAGCGGCUCACGGACGAGAAGCAGGUCCUGCUGGAGUCUCUCUGCCGCCAGACGGAGAAGCUGGAGGACAGCCGCACGAAGUUGGAAGCGGCCGCCACCGCGCGGAGGGAAGCGGAGGCGGCCGCGUUACGGGCGCACACGCUAGCGAAGAGGCUGGCCCAUGUUCAGAGACAGCUGGAUAGAGCGCACUCUGAUGCGCACAAGCUGCACGACGACGCCUUGACACUUACCAAGGCAAUACUUUUAGCGGAGCUGGCGGACCUGCAGUCUCAGUUGGCGGACGCGCAUGCGGACAUGGAGCGGCUCACGGACGAGAAGCAGGUCCUGCUGGAGUCGCUCUGCCGCCAGACGGAGAAGCUGGAGGACAGCCGCACGAAGUGGAAGGCGUUACGGGCGCACACGCUAGCGGAGAGGCUGGCGCAUGCGCCGCGGCAGCUGAAUAGAGUGCACUCUGAUGCGCACAAGCUGCACGACGACGCCUUGGUGAGUGCCUCGGGCACAAGCGAAGAGCUGCAAGCUACUUUAGCGGAGCUGGCGGACCUGCAGUCUCAGCUGGCGGACGCGCACGCGGACAUGGAACGGCUCACAGACGAGAAGCAGGUCCUGCUGGAGUCGCUCUGCCGCCAGACGGAGAAGCUGGAGGACAGCCGCACGAAGCUGGAAGAACGCCAAGGCGUAGUGGAAGGCGCGGCGGAGUUGGAAGCGGCUGCGACCACCGCGCGGAGGGAAGCGGAGGCGGCCGCGUUACGAGCGCACACGCUAGCAGAGAGGCUGGCCCAUGCUCAGAGACAGCUGGAUAGAGCGCACUCUGAUGUGUGCGCAAGAUUUACGACGACGCCUUGCGAAGAGCUGCAAGCUACUUUAGCGGAGCUGGCGGAUCUCCAGUCUCAGUUGGCGGACGCGCACGCGGACAUGGAGCGACUGACAGACGAGAAGCAGGUCCUGCUGGAGUCGCUCUGCCGCCAGACGGAGAAGCUGGAGGACAGCCGCACAAAGGUGGACACCCUUCAAGAGCUGCUUCUACGCGAAGGAGUCGAACCUGAAACACUGGUGCCCGGUGACAUCGACCAACAACUCUUCGCUGUACUGAAGGUGUCACAAGAAGAAAAGCGACAUCUUUUGGCGAAGCAAGAGCAACUCGAAGCAGAGUUGAAAGAAAUCAAAACAGCGCUAGAAGAGAAAACCAAAGAAAACGAAACACUCAACGAAAGAAUCAGAUCACUGGAGAGCAUUGUGGAGAGAUUAGAAAGCGAGCGUUCGCAGUGGGAGCAAGAGACAGAGAACGCUCGCGAGGUGGCCGCGGCCAGGCAGCACCAGGUCACCACGCUCACGGAACUGUUAGACGCCGCAAAGGCUAAGCUGGAAGAACGCCAAGGCGUAGUGGAAGGCGCAGCGGAGUUGGAAGCGGCCGCGACCACCGCGCGGAGGGAAGCGGAGGCGGCCGCGUUACGGGCGCACACGCUAGCGGAGAGGCUGGCCCAUGCUCAGAGACAGCUGGACAGGGCCCAUUCCGAUGCUCGCAAGCUACAUGAUGACGCCUUGGUGUCCCGCAAUAACGCGAAGUCUACGAUAUCCGAAUUGGAAUUCCAACUGGAGCAGUUACGACAAGAAAAGUCGGCCCUGCAGGGCGAAAUGAAAACACUCCAAGACAACUUGGCUGAGUUGCAGAUACAGGUCCAAGUGACGUCAGACGAAAAGCUAGCUCUAAUGAGUCGGGCUGGGGAGGCUUUGGCGCGCGCCGCCGACGCAGAGAGGCAACUUCAAGACGCACGCGCUAGGAACGUACAGCUCACGCGCGAUAGAGAACGUGACCUAGCUAUAAUGAGUCGGGCUGGGGAGGCUUUGGCGCGCGCCGCCGACGCAGAGAGGCAACUUCAAGACGCACGCGCUAGGAACGUACAGCUCACGCGCGAUAGAGAACGUGACGAAACCGAAUGGAAGCAGUUCCAAAGCGACCUCCUGAUGACGGUCCGCGUGGCCAACGACUUCAAAACCGAAGCCCAGAGGGAGCUGGAGAGACUGGUCUCCGAAAAUAAGAUCGCUAGAGACCGUAUCAGACAUCUGGAAGACCAAAUGCACUCCCUAAAAGGUGUUAACAAGUCAGACUCUGUGGAUAGCAUAAACCACUUCUCGGAUGAUGAGAAAAGACGAUCGGGGGACUCACUCUAUUCGGAUUCGCAAAGCGAUUCGUCAUCCAAAGACGUGUUCAAAAAUAUAAGGACCAGAUACCUUUCUAGAGUUCACAGCGUCUCAGAUCCACCGCUAAUGAACGAAAGUAUCGUAGACCAAGCGUUUUUCAAACUCAAUAAUGUAUCAGACCCGAAAUCAGACUUCGAGGAUGUCUCUCCAACGAGCUUCAUGUUAGAAAUAAAUAACGUGACGACAGACGAAACGAACGACGAUGGUUCUCAUAGAAACUCAUCGGAAAUUAUAGACGAGCCCGAGAAAAUCCUAGCUGAAGCAGCAAUACCUCCACUUGAGGACAAAGGGCUCGAGAGGCAAGACGCUGUUGACUUUUCUAGCGAAAAGAUCAAGAGACAAGAUGCUGUAGAUGAAUGUGAUCAUGCUCCGAAUGUGCCUGAUAAUGCUGAAACUAAAGAUCUGAGUGGUAAUGUCAAAUGCAUUUCAAAAUCGGAAUCUGCAAACGUUGUGAAGCCUAGAGAUAAAACCAUAUUUAGCAGAAGUCUUUCAGGCGUGUUCAAUGGUAAACCAAAGUCGUACAGCAUGGAUAAUCUUAACACUAAUACAGAAUACAAAGAUAUUUUAAAAGAGGCUACUAGUAUAGAAUUUUUAGGGAAUAACAAUAAUAACUAUAGUGAAUUGUCUUUGUUCACUGAAGGAUCGGAUAGUGUUUUUAGUUCCCCCAUCAGGAAAAAUACUAAUUAUACCAUGAACAUUGGCAAAGCUAUCUCGCAGCCCAAUAUAAGUAUUUCAAAUGUUGACACAGCUUCAAUAAAUGAUUCAGUUAUAGAUCAUGACAUUCCAAUCGUGAAAGCUGAAUCUAUUUUACCGUAUCCAUAUCCAGAUGAUAUUAAACCAACUCCUGUAGUUGAAUUUAUAAAGACAAAUGAUAAUAAACCUGUGGAACCCGAAACUCUAAUAGAAAAUGAUAUACGAAAAGCUAACGAAGAUAUAAAAACUAGUUUUAAAGCAGCCCUACAAAGAAUUACAGGUAGCAUAGGUAAAAAGUCACCAACAAACUCGGUUAAAGACAAAAGAUCACCAACCAACUCAAUAAAAGAAAAGAAAAUGAAAGAAAGCAAGAAAGAUGUAGAGAUAGACCAUAAGACAAGCGACAAAGAAGAAGAUACUAACGUAGAUGAAAUAAUGGAGUCAAAUCCUAUAAUACCGAUCAUAAAACAGAAACCAAAGAUAAAGGAAAUCAUACCUAAAAUUGAGGUUAAAGAAAUAAUAGAACCUACAGUUAAAUCAGAUCCUAAUAUCAUAAUCAAAGUAACAGAAAGUACAAAUCCCUUUCUAGAUGCUGCAAAAGAGCUGGAUGUAAAAGAUAAUGAGAUACCAAUAGAUGAAAACGUUAGUUAUCACUUAAAAAUUAACUCAUUCAACGAUGGUAUGCAACCUGAUAUUUCCCAAGCUGCUUCGCAAGCUGCCUCGACCUCGCAAGCUGUGACCAACUUCAAUCCGAGUAAUGCUGGUAUUAAUAGGUUAAAAACUUUCAUGACCCCCAUAAAAAUUAUGAAUGGAGGUUUCAUAGACCGUACAUCUCCCAUUAUUUUGAGUCCUGUCCUGAUACAACCUAUAUUUUUCAAACCACAGCAACAAGAACCGAUAGAGCCGAAAGUAGACGUAAAACGGGCCACAGUUUAUUACAAUGAUAUGGACCAGGUUGUAGUAGGAAACAAGAAAAAACUAAAAGAGCCACUCAAACUUCCAGAAGCGUCUAACAUAGAUGAAAAACUGAAUGUUGAAAAGAAAGGAAUGUACCAGAAAAACGCAAGAGCAAAACAGUUGCCCUUCCUUUCGUGGAAAACGUUUGGGGUAAACGAAAAUAUACCGGAGUUAAAACCACGUUCCCCCAUACCAAUCAUAAGUAAGUCGCCAGAACCUUUAACACCCGGUGUGGUGAAACUGACAAAACCUCCGGGCUGGUUGAUUGACAAUCAAUAUUAUCAACCCAUGGAAAACGUCCCGUUCUUCAUAAAUACCAAGCAAAGUUUUACUAUGCCGAAGAAACCAGUCCAAGACAAAGAGAGAGAGAACAGGACAACAUCGACCAAUCCGUUUCUUCCGAUGAUCCCAUCUAGCAGAAGGUGUUCAGAACAAGAGAACUAUUAUGAAGAAAUAGGUGAACCGAGGUUUCCACCGGUGAUAUUGGAAAACAAGAAUGUUGCUGAUGACGAUAAAAUUUCAAGCAAAACCCGAACUGCUGAAGUUUUCCCUGCAUUGACUCGCGAAGAAAUACUAAAAGUGCCAAGAAGAGCGAAGAAACCUAAAAAAGAUGCACACUACGAAUCAAAAACGUUUGAUAACGAAGUUGAAGACAGUACAAACAUAGUCAAAGAAAUGGCACACAUGACCAAGUCAGUUAUAUCGCUGUCCCGUUCGCCGAGUGCAAAAGACGCACCCAAGAAAUCUACUGGGUCCAUCGGGGAAUUGGUUCAGAACUUGGAAAAGAAGCCUCCUACGCCUGAACCUAAGAACACUCCAGAGGUGCCGCUACGAAAGCAUUCUCUUCAAAACCAGAGGGCUGCUUCUAGUAUAGAUACAAAUACAGGGUCAUGGCCCCGUGGACCUAAGCCGUACUGGAAGACUUUGGAGCACAAAAGACUGUCGCAUCCGAUCAGGUCUCUAAACGAUCCUCCGCCUCCGAGACCGCUACCUAUGCCGCCUCGGACCGAAGAGACGCCGCCACCGCCGCCGCUGCUCACCAGCGCCUCCUUACAGGACAUCAUGGCAACUGCUGCGUCCCACAGACGAACUAAAGGAGUGAGCCGCCAAGAUUCGCGCCUGUCCGUCAAAUCGCUGAUCGAGAGCAUAGAGAACGCUGCCAAGGCGGCCAAGCAGUCGCCCGCCACCACGCCCGUCGGGGAGUGGCCACAGCAAACAACAGUGCCUGUGACCACCACGACUACUAACAUGAAGAACGGCAUCUCCGAGCCUUCGCCACCCACCAACGGGCUAGCGGCAGGCGGCUUCCCCGGCAAACCGCCGGCGGCGCGCACGUCGCGACCCUCCCCGAUAUCUACAGAGGCCGCGCCCGCGCCGCCCGCCAACAUCCCAGACGAGCAGCGCGCGCUCACGCUGCAGCAGAAGGCCAUCGAGUCCUUCGUCAGGCGCAACUCCUAUGGAGACAUCUGUGAAAGGAAGGACCCGUUGAACGCUCUGCAAGUGAAGAAUGGAGGCUCUAAGAGGAACGCACUCCUCAAGUGGUGCCAACAGAAGACUCUGGGAUACAAUAACAUUGAUAUCACUAACUUCAGUUCUUCGUGGAACGACGGCAUGGCACUCUGCGCGUUACUACACUCGUACUUAGGCGAGUCUCGCGUGUCAUACGCGUCUCUGUCGCCGCACGACAAGCGAACCAACUUCUCCGUGGCAUUCGCCGCUGCGGAGUCCGUGGGAAUACCCACCACGCUGAACAUCCAAGACAUGAUCCAGCAGGAGCGUCCCGACUGGCAGCAGGUUAUGGGAUACGUGACCAGCAUUUACAAACACUUCGAGACAUAAAGCACCAUGGAUGGACUAGUAACUAAGGAAUAUACGACAUAAACCACCAUGGAUUACUUGAAAAGUACAUAAAGGAAGGAACUAAGGAAUGUACGCAAUACGGUAGAUUUGGAAUGGAAGAAGGAUUCAGGUCAUCUUGACCUAUGUAUUAAAAACCGUUUGAUUAUGUAAGCCUAAUCUCAAAAUGGCCCUUUACUUAGGCUUUAUGGACCCACGCCCGUAUUCACAAACAUUACUGUCUCACAGUGCGCGUGGACGCACAGGGUCACACACGAAGCAAUCACAGAGCUCUAUUCAACGCUGUGCGUUGGAUUUGCUGCGUCACUUAAGCAAGCAUCGUUUGUGAAUACGGGUGAUAGAAUUUUCAAAUUUUUCAAAACUAAUCCUGGAUUCAAUAAGUAAACUUGAAAGAAUUCGCUGUAGCAACUUUCGCGUGAUCUCAAUAUCUAACGCCAGUAAAAAUAUUUUCUUCUAGUUUCACUAUCUAUUACCGUAAUAGGUAUAUACUUAAAGUCACGAGUAAAUAAUAACUACUUUUUUAUUGGAAUAUGAACUUUAUUACAGCGUAAUACAAUAAAUUUUUUGCUCGUGACUAUACCUAUUACGAAACUAAAUUAGGUCAUUCCAAUUACUGUUUAGUAAAAGUAUUUUUGAUAAUAUUCAUGAAAUUGUAUUAGCACGUUAAUAUUAAAAGAAAUAAAAUUUUGCAAAGAUAUAAUAUUCUGCUACAACGCCAUCUAGUGGACGAAAAUAGAACUAAUUUUCUAUUUGAAACUUCUCGUAAGCAUUACAUUUAGCUUCAAAGCGUGUCUAUGUUAACUCUAAGGCUGAGAUGCACCACCUAACUUUGACCGUAACUUUGACGAUAACCGGUGUUUUUUGUAUGGAGUUGACAGAUUUUAGAUGUUUGUCAAAGUUAAAGGAAGAUGGUGCAACCCAGCCUUAAUGACUAUUUUAACGAGCAAAGCUAUACAAGAUUGCAUUAAAGGUUGUAAAGGACAUUCCUAAGACGGUAGCCUAUUCGCUAGUGAUAUUUUUGGACGUAGAUCCGCUUUUGCGAUUGUAUGUGGAAUUGUGUAAGGCCUUCUACAUGAAGGUUUGUGGUCGAAACGUUUACAUUUUGGCGGUAUACAUAGCUCAAUGUUGAAUAAACUCUUUCAAACUUAGUAUAUCCAGUUUAGAUGUAAGUAUGCGACUUAAAACAUUAUUUACAGAGAAUUGUAUUACAUUGGGGUAGUUUUUUCCAUAAUGUAAAAAUAUUUAAAAUACUGACUGGAGAUAUGGUAUGUCCGUUUUUGCGUACUAAAACAUUGUUAUAAGUUGUUUACUUUGAUCUGAAUGAAAAUAUAGUGAUAACGAUUCUCUGACGCAAAUUAUACGAAAAACUACUUUUAAUUGGGCAUGUAUAUCGCCGAUGUAAAAAUGUCUUUCUAUACAAAAGACUGAUAAGAUAGGAACAACUUUAAUAGGGAUUCUUCGUCUACGAGCAAUUUGCAGAUUAACUUAUUAAUAAACUAAUUCACUAAUGAUAAAUAUCUGUUUGUCUACUCUUGAUAAAUGGUCGUGUUUAUGCAUUGUGUGAUACGUUAUUAUAAGUUAUCGGUCCAGCGCUAACUCCUGAGCUAUGGGAGCGGACUGGAAGGGGUGACAUUGACAUAAUAGACAUGUUGACACCACCAUUAAAUUGACGCACUUUUUAAAACUGUCAAAACGAAACUCCCAUAGAUUUUGUAUGGCACUAUAGAUGACCCACGCUGAACUGUCCCACCAAACUCAAUGACAGGGGGGCGCUACCAUCGCUCAACUAUAUGGUUUCCAACAUGGCAAAAAUCGGAACCAGCGAUCCGGUAUUGACGGUGGCGCCCCGCUGUCUAUGUCAUGGAUAGGACAGUUCAGUAUUUUGGAACUAUACAAGUAAGUGACGUCACUAGGUAUUUUGUCAACUCAAAUAAACUACUUUUUUCAAUUACAAUGCGACCACAAAAUCGUAAUUUCCAGGUAAUUUAAAAUAAAUUAAGUUUUUAAGACCAGAAUGAAGUGUCUUUUUAGAAAAGUUGUGGUUUCGAAUUAUUACGUUUCUCUAGAAACUUCCUGCCCCGUACAACCAAACUGUGGAAUGCACUGUCGUCUGCGGUGUUUCCGGACGGAUACGACCUGCAAGCUUUCAAGAGGAGAGCGUAUCUUUACCUUAAAGGCUGGCAACGCACCUGUAACGCCCCUGGGUCUGCGGGUGUCUAUGGGCGACGGUAAUCACUUACCAUCAGGUGAUCCGUCUGCUCGUUUGCCUCCUGUCACAUAAAAAAAAAUAUAUUGGAGAAUGGUGUCAAAUUGUCCAUUAUUAUGACGUGAUAGAGCAUACAGAUCUGAAAUCUUGCUGACGUUUGUCGCCUCAAAAACACCCUCCCGCGCCGCUGCCAUACCUCAGGCUCUGAGUUAAACGCCAGACCUAUAAAGUGUUGUUUGUCUGUAAAUUGUUUUUCGAUAGAGGUUAUUUCUUAAGACGUAAAGAUAGUGAAGGAUUUGCCUUAGAAGGAAAAUACGGGCCUUGUAGCGUGUUACUGGUAGUGUCUUAUUAUUAUGUACGUAUAAUCAAUAUUUAACGUUUGUAUGUCUAUUUAAAAUCUACCUUAACGUGUGAGAUAUAAAGUCCAAAUUGUCUGUGAGAGUGUGACUGUAUUCAUGGAAUUGAGACCGAAUAUUUAACAAUAAGCAUUUACUUACAUAAGUACAUAUUUAUGUGACAUUAAUAUUUGACGUAAUUAGGUAUUAAAUAGCACUACGUGUAUUUGAGAUAUAUUAUAACAAAUACCCAAUAGCUUCCCUUGGUUUAAUCGACAGCACAGAAAAGUAAACAUUUUAUUGCGAAAUCUCGACCUUAUUACGACUACAUAAGAGUGUUUAGCUUGGUGUGCUGUCGUGUGCCUAACACGUUUCCUUUUUUGCUCAAAAAACAAUUUGAAAUUACAAACGCAGCUUGCAUGGUAGCCUUUUCAAAACUCAGUAGAAAAUGACAAAGUACUUAUAAUUAACUAAAAUAUUGCUGAAAUAGGUACAGUCAGCAUCAAAUAGUUCGUGGCACCCAAAGUAGCCAAAAAGUUCGCAACACGUCUUUGUUACGAUUGGAAUAAGGUUGACAAAACCAACUUUGGGUGACACGAAAUAUUUGAAGCUGACUGUACUGUUUUUUACGUUGUUUUCAUCGAAUUACGUUUGUGAAGAUGUUAUUGGCAUUGAAAUAAUCUCGUAAAAUAAUAGUAAGUACGUCACAUUGGAAUCGAUAAACUAAUGCAAACAAUCGAUAAGAUCCUCCAAUGACGCACUAUUUCAGAAGACUUAUCAACUAAAUCGAGUGAAUAUUAUGAUUUUCGAUGAAUCCCAGACUCCUCUCUCUUUCAUAAAUAUAACAGAUGUGAUAAGAAAUCCUGUUAAAUAAAAACAAAUAUUUGACCAAAUGUUUGUUAUCAAAUGAGUUACUAUACUCAUUAUUUGAUUAGCACCUGUUGUGUUUGUGAAACGGGAAUUUUUGUUUAUUCGUCCAAUAUUCGGGCCAAUUGGAGUCAAAAUCGUAAACCGCCAAAGAUAUUGGUGAACUUGAUAACACAGUAUCUGGCGAAACCAAGUAAGGUCAGUAAAUACAAAUUACUAUCGCAAAUGUUAUGUUUCGGUUGCGUGCGCUUGUACGCAGUUUUAAAUUAUGAAUAUGAUAAUAUUGUAAUGUAAACUCAUUUCCAAAAUUAGCCUAAAUGAUAAAAAAUUCAUGAUGUUUUGCAAAUCAACGUAAAGAAAGGAUUUUGUAGAAGUAAAAGCAGAGUUUAAAUUAUGUGAGUACGGUCAGCAGUGCAAUCUACCUACACCAAUAUUUCUUUUCAUGAAGUUUUAAUCUUUAUGGUUGUAAAUAUAAGGUUUAAAUUCAAUUGAGGAAAGUACUACAGUCUCUGGUUGAUACGCUGUUGACUGUACAGUUUAUAGCUAAUACUUGAGCUGAGUAUUUGUGAUUUUGUAACAGCUUACGAUGAUUGUGUUGUGCCGACUUUGGUUGUUGAAGCUAUAUUAUUAAUUAGUUAAUUAUUGUCUAUUUUGAGAGAUUUGUAUUUUUGUAAAUAUAGCUUAAAUAAAGUUCCUGAUUUAUUAUAAUAAA